GGUAUCGAAUCAAGAGUAUCGAGUACCUACUCGUAUUUACCUCGUAUCGGAAUUCGGAAUAUCCUAAUCCUCACUCACGUACGUACUGGGUACUACGUACCUACCUACGUCAUUCGCAUUCGAUUAGAUUGCGGCUUUUCUAUAAAUUUUAUUAAAUUUCAAUUUGGUGUUUCUAUUCAUACUAAUUUAACGAAAAUAAAUUUACUACUAGUGCAGAAACCAAUUUUUGGAUCCCAUAAAUGCUAGGAGUUAUGAUAACCUGAGCGUACCUAAUUAUAACCUGAGCUUUAUAUGAUAGCUCGUUGUGAACAUUUGUGUUGGUAAAGAAAUUGAAAUAAUGGCUUCGAAUUUCGUGAGAACAUUAUUGAAACGGAAUGAUUUGUGUAAACUGUUACAUCAAUCAAAGCAGAUUGCAGGUGAAGCAAAUUUUAUACGUACACUAUUAUUGACAAGAAAUGUACAUUCAACAAUUACAAAACAGAUCUUUCAUAAUCAUACCCAAUUAAGGCUUCUCAGCACACAGUAUAGAGCAUACUCUACUAAAACUGCAGAACAGCAGGAUAUUGAUAAUUAUCGUAUUGAGAAUAAGAUUACAAUAAUAGGCCAGGAUAUUCCCAGCCCUUAUACUGACAUUGAAAAUAGUGAGUUUCCAGAUUACAUAAAAAACUUUCUGAAGAAGCAAGGUUUUGAAAAGCCCACUGUAAUUCAAUCGCAAGCUUGGCCAAUAGCAUUGAAUGGCCAGAAUUUUGUUGGUAUUGCACAAACAGGUACCGGUAAGACACUUGCAUUUUUGUUGCCUGCUGUUGUACAUAUUAAGGAAAAAGAAGCAAGGAAAGGACUGGGACCCAGAGUGCUAGUCCUAGCUCCUACUAGGGAGCUGGCUCGACAGAUUGAACAUGUGACCAAGGAUUUUGGUAAAUUGUUGAAUAUAAGGUGUGCAUGUAUAUAUGGUGGGGCAAGCAGAGCUGUACAGGCAGAUAUUCUGAAGGCUGGAGUUGAUAUAGUUAUAGCUACUCCAGGUAGACUGAAUGAUUUUCUUGUUAGUAAAACCACAACUCUCAGUAGAUGUACUUAUGUUGUACUUGAUGAAGCUGACAGAAUGUUGGAUAUGGGAUUUGAGCCACAAAUACGCCAAGCCUUAGAAGGUGUUCCUCUUGAAAGACAAAUUUUGAUGUUCUCAGCCACUUGGCCCAAGGAAGUGCAAUAUUUGGCUAAGGAUUAUUUGGGAGAAUAUGUGCAGGUGAAUGUGGGCUCUACUGAAUUAUCAGCAAAUCACAACAUUGCACAACAUAUUCAUAUUUGUCACCAGGAGGAAAAAUUGGAAAAGUUCAAAUCAAUAAUGCACAGCAUAGCAGCAGACGGGUUUGGAAAACUUCUUGUCUUCACAAACACAAAGAAAUUUGUAGACACAUUAUCACUGAUGCUGAAGCGGAAUGGCUGGCCGUCUGCCGGUAUACAUGGAGACAGGACACAGUUACAGAGAGACACAAUAAUUAACCGGUUUAAAUCUGGACAAACAAACAUACUUGUGGCUACUGAUGUUGCAGCAAGAGGUCUUGAUGUGGGUGGAAUUACCCACGUGAUCAACUACGAUUUCCCUAACACAUCUGAGGACUACAUCCACCGGAUCGGGCGCACGGGCCGCCAGCAGAACAAGGGCGUAGCGCACACCAUUCUGACGGACGAGGACGCGAGGCAGGCCCACAGCCUCAUCGCUGUUUUGAAGGAAGCUAACCAGGAAGUUCCACAAGAGUUGAUAAAUUUGGCCCGUAGUUUCAAUCUGAGCAAAGCCAAGGAGCAUCAAUUCAAGAAAGGAAAUUCAUUCAGGCCAAACUCAUACAACUGGGGCCCGAACAAAAGAUUUAACAAGUUCCGUAGCAAUAGCAUGGACAGGUCUAACUUUAGAAAGGAGAGAUAUUAAUCCAUAAAAUUACGUAGAUGUAAUAGUAGAUAAAUUUACCUCUAGGUUUGUUAUAAAUUACGUUGGGAGUAAUAAUAAAUUUAUAUCAUUAACCAUA